UGUAAAAAUAUUAAAUGAUACUCAAAUAUAAGUUUAUGUAAAAAACUAGAUGAAUUUUUAUUUUUGUAUAAUAAAAUAAAUAAGGUCUUAGGAGAAGAAAAGCCUCAUGAAUUUCGUUUUGAUAAAGUCUUUAAUUCAGAUACUAGAUAAGUAGAAGUAUUUUAAGAUGUAGCAGAACCAAUAUUAAAUAGCGUUAUGAAAGGUUAUAAUGGAACAAUUUUUGCAUAUGGCCAGACCUCAUCAGGAAAAACUCACACAAUGGAAGGAAAGUACGAUGAUAAUGAAAAUAAAGGUUUAAUACCACGUAUGAUGGAUAGAAUAUUCGAAAUGAUUGCAGAAGCCCCAACAGAAAUUGAGUUUGUAUUAAAAGCAUCUUUUAUGGAAAUUUAUAAUGAAAAAAUAAAUGAUUUAUUAGAUAGUUUAAAAGUAAAUCUUACUAUAAAAGAAGAUAAAUUAAGAGGUAUUUUUGUACAAGAUAUAACAGAGGCAUAUGUAGUAAAACCUCAAGAUAUGAUGAAAGUAAUGAAAAAAGGUGCAGAAAAUAGGUCUGUAGCUGCUACGAGAAUGAAUGAGAAUUCUUCAAGGUCUCAUUCUAUAUUUUUGAUGACUGUUUAAUAAAAAAACUAAUAAACUGAUACAACUAAAAUAAGCAAACUGUAUUUUGUGGAUUUGGCUGGGUCUGAGAAAAUAGCUAAAACACAAGUUUCUGGAUAAUAAUUGGAAGAAGCUAAAAAUAUUAAUAAAAGUUUAACAUGCUUAGGAAUGGUUAUUAAUGCGUUAACUUCAGAAAAAAAAGAACAUGUUCCUUAUAGAGAUUCGAAACUUACUAGAAUUCUUUAAGAAUCUUUAGGAGGAAAUUCCAGAACUACUCUUAUUAUUGCAUGUUCUAUGUGUUCUUAUAAUGAUAAGGAAACUUUGGGAACUUUGAGAUUCGGAUAGAGAGCUAAAAGUAUAAAAAAUUAAGCAAAAAUUAAUGAAGAAAAAAGUGCAAAAGAACUAGUUAUGUUAUUAUAAAAAGCUGAAAUUGAACUUAAAUAUAAAGAUGAAAUCAUUGCUACUUUAUAGAAUUAGUUAAAAGGUGAUUUUAAUAGUCCGGAUUUUAUUAAUAAUAGAAUUUCGGCUGCAAGUAUAAAAUGUUUUGUUGAUAUUGUUGUUGAUGAAGAUUAAGUAGCAUUUGGAAAUUAUAAAAUUGAAGGAAAAAAUAGAAAAAUUGGAAAACGAUAAACAUAAUAUUGA